UCUUACAUGAACAACUAAGAGGAUCACUUACCAUGAACAUUUAUUCAGCAACUUUCGUAAACGUAAUGGGACUUAAAUUGAGCUAGCUCUUUUCGACACUUAACCGUUUUAGGGUUAAGUGCGGUAUUUCACAACCCAGCUGACGAUGUCAACUUCCUCUAAACUACCCAUUAUAAAAGGGGCUACGCACUCUGCAGAUCGUCUUUGUCGCAUCCAGUAUCCAUGAGGUUGUAUACAGGCACCUGCCCCUGAUUAUUAUUACAAUGAUUGCUAGAUCAUUGGUUUUAAAAGUUCUACACAUUUCGCUUCUAGUUUCGAGUGUCCUUUCCGAAGAUGGCCGAGUGAAGCGGCAAGCCGGGUACGUGUAUAAUAGACCGAGUAUAUCCUUCGAUCUGCCUCCUCGGACAACGGGAGCACCGACACUAGGCACUCAAGCCCCUAAUGUUGACAGGACUCGAGGUGGCGCGCAACAGAUGUUUUACGCGUACCCGGCUCCCGCGGGCGGCUCCGUGGAAAUAGGGUACUCCACCACGGGUUCCACUGCUGGGACCACGGCAACAACGGCUGGAGGCUACGGCUAUGGAGAAGCACAGGCGGGAGCAGGCGGCGGCGGCGGCUAUGGAGGAAGCGGGGGCGGCGGAGGCUACGGUGGAGCAGCAGGUGGAGGCGGCGGCGGCGGCGGCGGCGGCGCUGGUGGAGGUGGUGGAUAUUCUUACGACAGUCCCACCACCGCAGCGCCUCGUCCGAGCUCAACACCAGGAACGCCAGGCACCGUGUCUACUAACGCACCGGAGUACUUGCCACCUGUCGGCGGUGGAAGUGUAUCAAUAGGUGGAGGCACCGGGGGUUACACUAGUCCCACUCCUGGAACUAGUCCGACUCCCGGCACGAGCCCGACACCUGGGACGAGCCCGACGCCAGCGCCCACCCCCACCGCCUCGUAUCUGCCACCGAGCCCGUCCACUCCAGCCCCGCCCGCUCCGUCCGUCCCGUCGCCGGGACCGUCUCCUCCAGGGCAGGAUGCAGGUGCUGGGUAUUUCCUGCCGGUUCCUUCCCCUUCGUUCCCGCCUCCGGCCGGUACUCCGCCUGCAGCGGGAACCCCGCCGCCGCCCCCGACGGCCGGGUACCUGCCCCCUGUCUCGUCCCCUGCGCCGACUCCGGGCACCGUGUCCACCCCGGCUGCAACGUACUUGCCCCCCGUAUUUAAGUAAUAAAUUAUUAUCUACCUCUUAAUGUAUGUAUAUACUCACAUAUCUUUAUUUUUUCAAGGUAAUUAUUAACUUAUUUGUA